UAUGUGUCCUAACCAUGUUCUUGAGGAACUGCAUAUUCCCUGCACGCAGCUCGCACGGACUCGCCCAAAAGUGAAAGUGAAAGAGAACGUGACGUUUAAACUAAAACGCGUACAAAUGUGGCACCUCUCUGCCAGUCGCUGUUAUUUCACAUACAUUCAUGAGGAUUUCACGAGGAUUUACCCUUCGGCGAUCCCUCUGAAUUCUCCGUGACAAGUGGACAUGCAUAUGCUCUUUACAUUGAUUUUCAUAACGGCGGCAAAUAUGCAUAGUAUUGCCAGAGCAAGCGGUGUUUGUGGAAAACCAGAACUGGCAGACAACACAAAACCUGUGUUAUCAUAUAUUGGAAAGACCAUCGGUGAAACUAUUCGCAUUGAGUGUGCAAAGGGCUAUGUAAGGAAAGCAGGGACAUCCAGCCUGUUCCGAUGCACUCAACAACAAAAUAGCAACGCAUGCUGGCACUCUGAUCUUCCUCUCAAGUGUAUACCUGAUCCCAGAAAUCCACCUGUGGCCACAAAGCCCACAAGUCCUCAUCCACAAGUCACAUCAUUGACCACAGAAAGAACAACAAGUAAGCAUCCCACACUUCAUGACACAAGCUCGCCAACCACAGCAACAGGACAUAUAGCUUUGACAACAACAAAUGAAGUUUUCACAACCAAAACAAGAAGAACCACCAGCCAGCCUUUGAUGAGCACAACAAAAGAGACGGAGUCUAUUACAACAACCAAUGAGACAACAACCAGCUACACAAGCAGAGAAUAUAUGACAACAACAUCGUCACAUACGCUGUCAGGCUCUUUCACUACAACAACAGGAGUCAAUGCAUCUGUGAGGACCUCAACUAUUUCUGAAGGAGGAAAUGCAGGGGCAGCCUUUUCUAAUGCUUAUACAUCAACAGCAGGUGGAGUUACAGUAAUAAUUCUCCUUUGCCUGGUGGGAGCAUUCAUUUUCGUGUGCUUAAGACGUCGAAAUCAUAGAAACCACCAUGAACAUCACCCCCAACCAGAUCUCUGCAUUUCUUACUCAGCUUUACCAGUCGGUGCAUCUGAACCCAGUUCGGCUCAAUCAAACAAAGCUGAAAACUCCACAGAAGGCUCUGUCAUUGACAACAAUCCAGUCAUCACCCAUGGUGUGGACACUUGUGAUGAGCUCCUCCCACGAACAGACUCCUGAUAAACCUUGUUCAAACUGUCGGUCCAAAUCUAAAUUUUUGAGCAUACAGUAUCUGAUUGGAAUCUGAUCAUAUUUAGCAAGUGCGAACGGGGAAAAUAAAUCUCAUGGAAUACCAUUUUUUACACAUCUGUUUCAAGAUACUUUAAUUUGUUGCCUGUUCAGAUCCCAUUUCUGGACAUCUGAUUCAAGUCUGACCACUUUUGACUGGGUUUCGUCACUUUUUCAUGCCAUGUUUAAUGUAAAUACAUCAGAUUUGCUUAUAGAAAACACGCCAAAUGUCUUUGCAAAAACAAGGUUUGUGUUGUUUUGCAGUGCAAGUCGAGCAGGAAUGUACUGCUCGAUAUACUGCACACCUCUUUUAAUAGAGACAGGUGGAGACAGUGAAAUGGAAAAAAGCCACUGCCUCAUAGGAGAUGUAAAUAAUCCAGUAUUUAUACAUAAUAAUCCAGAACAGAUAAUGCAGAUAAUCCAGUAAUAAUACUGUAGGUAAUAAUCCAGAGCAAUGGCAAUAAUGCAUGCCGAUAAUGCAGAUACUCCAUUAAACAAAAGGGCAGCACUGGACACAAAAAUCGAAUGUGAACAGUUGGGAUACACAGUGUGGACAUUCAUUGAUCUGAUUCCAGUCAGAUGCACAAAAUACUUCACACUCCACGAAAUACACCACCAUAAAUGCACGUUUAAUCACUUCCAUCUAAUGUACCUCAUCUAACUCUCCAGUCUUUUAAUGUUAUCAUGAAAUGAAUAAAGUUUUUAUAUUGUUUUUAA